CUGAUUGUUGUUAGAGCCUCACAGAAAAGAAAAAAAAAACAAAAACAAAGGGAACAAUUUUUUUAUAAUUCCCACCGAACGCUCAGUCGCGAGUUUCAGUCGGACUCGUUAUUCUAGUUUUUUUCAUUUGUUAUUCUAGUUUUUUUCGUUUUUACUUUAUGGGAGAUUUUGGCAUUGCGAUGUGAUCCUUGUUAUCAAGGUCGUGGACAAUUUCCAGAACCCUCCGGUGGACAUUACGUGCCUCCACGUGAUCCAUAAAUUUCGUUGGAUAAUAUUCAUCGCGUGACAUUCGGAGAUUUUUAUUAUUCAACCAUUGUUUUGAUGCUGUUAUCUGAAGAUUUGUGCAUCUCAAAUUUGCAAUGUUUUUGCGAUGAGAUCGAGGCUUAUUGCGUUGUAGGAUAAGGCGAUUCGUGCGAUAUUGGAUUGUUUCACAAAAUAUAGGUAGUCUGUAUUGCACGACAGCACGAUGGCACCUAAUGUAACAUCCGCGCCCACGGGUGUACUCUAUCAGAAUGAAAUUAGUGAAUCAAAUUCGGUGGCUGAUAAACCUAAGGCCAAGUAUCAACGCAGAAUUGUUUGGUUCAAUGUCACUGUUUUCGUGGCACUUCACAUUGCUGCACUUUAUGGAUUGUAUCGGGUAUUUACGUCCGCUAAACUUGUCACGGCGUUGUUCGCUUACGUACUGUACGUGUGCUCUGGAUUAGGAAUAACCGCUGGGGUCCACAGGCUCUGGUCCCACCGUUCCUACAAAGCAAAUUUCCCUCUUCGGUGUAUUCUCAUGGUGUUCAAUACAAUCGCAUUCCAAAAUUCAAUAUACGAGUGGUCCAGAGAUCACCGGGUGCAUCACAAAUACAGUGAGACUGAUGCUGAUCCUCACAAUGCAGCUAGGGGAUUCUUCUUCGCACAUGUGGGAUGGCUACUCUGUAAAAAGCAUCCUGAUGUCAAGGAUAAGGGCAAGGGUGUGGACACGAGUGAUCUCAUGAAAGAUCCCAUUGUCGCUUUUCAAAGGAGAUACUAUCUCGUGUUGAUGCCACUCAUGGCAUUUAUCCUCCCAACAGUAAUUCCAGUUUACCUCUGGGAUGAAACAUGGGCAAACGCAUUCUUCGUUCCAACGAUGCUGCGUUACGCAUUCACCCUCAACAUGACGUGGCUCGUCAAUUCCGCCGCGCACAUAUUCGGUGGCAAACCUUACGACAGAUUCAUGAAUCCCGCGGAGAAUGUGUCAGUGGCAGUGGCAGCUCUGGGUGAAGGCUGGCACAACUACCACCACGUAUUCCCCUGGGAUUACAAAGCAGCCGAGCUCGGUAACUACAGGCUCAAUUUCACAACAGCAUUCAUCGACUUUUUCGCUAAAAUCGGCUGGGCGUACGAUCUCAAACGAGUCUCAUCAGAGAUAAUCAAGCAGAGAGUGAAGAGAACAGGUGAUGGCAGUCACGAGGUCUGGGGCUGGGGGGACAAGGAUCAGCCGUCUGAGGAGCGAGAAGCCGCUAUAAUCGAGUAUCACGUUAACGAUCAGGAAUCCACUGCAAAUGUACAUUAGCCCAAUUAUGUUUCAAAUAAUUUCACUUUUUCAUCGAUUACUCGAGUCUAAGUUUCAAUGCGACACUCGCGGAGAGCUUCACCCCUCAUCGAACCUCUUCUACUUAUUUCGUAUUAUCAUUAAUCACUUAUUGCUUACUGAUAUUAUUUUUUUUUAAUGGUAGAGUUUUACCAGACACUUGGCCGUCCCAAUUGCAAUUUAUUACGCUUGUAGGAGCUGCUGGGAUAUUUCUCUCUUAAAUAACAUCUGAAUAUUUGUUUUUUCGUUGUCGCUUCACCGUCCAGGUCAACAAUAGGGGUCCAUAACUAUUAUUUCGACUGAGUGAAUUUAAAAUGGGAGUUUGCAUGACAAAUGAAGAGUAUUGAAUGGGUGAUUGUGAGUUUUGCGACUUCGUGCUGGUCGCGAAAUCUUUGAGAACUUGAUGCAAGAGGGUCGCUACGUUAACUUAGGCUAACGGGUUGACAUGUGGUAAAGUAUAAUGUAAGUUAAAGACGGGAAUAAGACUACAUAAGUCUGCUGAUUGAACAAGUGAAUAUUUGAAACUAAAUAAAAUAAAGAGUGAUUCAAGUUUAAUAAAUAAUGAAUAAAAUUAUAUUUUUAGAGA